AUGUCAUUAGUAGGUAUCAAGAAUAGCAUUGGUGCUUUAUUGAAGAGAACCAAAUCCGACGAUGAAUUGGAGCAUGUUGAUCAUUUACUAAAUCAAAAUCAAUCGCCAUAUGGUGCCACCGAUAAUCCUGAUCGUGCCCAACAAUCGGCAAACGAAGAAGCUAUAUUGAAUGCGGUCAAGUCCAACGAUUAUAACGAGGAAGAGGAUGAAGAAGCAAAGGGGUUUUUCACCAAAUUUGACCCAAGAGUUAUGUCGGAUAUCAUUAUUGGGUUAUCGGAUGGAUUAACUGUUCCAUUUGCAUUAACUGCCGGGUUAUCUUCGUUGGGUUCAACCAAGAUUGUUAUAACUGGUGGUAUGGCCGAGUUAGUUUCUGGAUCCAUAUCGAUGGGUCUUGGUGGUUAUUUAGCUGCCAAAUCAGAAUUGGACUACUAUAAAUCAGAAGUUAAAAAGGAAAAAUUACAAUUUUUCAAAAAACCAGAAACAAUUAAUCAAGACGCUGCUGAAAUCAUGUUAGAUCUAGGGGCUUCAGAAUCAACCAUUGCCUCAUUUUUAAAAGAUUUAGAUUCCCAACCAAAAAAUUUAAUUGAUUUUGUUAUUAGAUUCGGUAAAGGCUUAGAAGAACCCGCUGAAGGUAGAGAAAUCACUUCGGCUUUAACCAUUGGUUCCAGUUACUUUUUGGGUGGGUUCAUUCCUUUAAUUCCUUAUUUUUUUUGUCAUAUAGUGGAAACCGGCUUAAUUGCUUCAGUCAUUGUCAUGAUUGUUACUUUAUUCAUUUUUGGUUUUAUUAAAACCUCAAUCUCUUUAGGUGAAGAUUGUGGUACCAAUAAAAAAUUCACCGAAGGUAUACAAAUGGUUCUUAUUGGUUCGGUGGCGGCCGGGGCUGCUUGGACCCUUGUUUAUUUCAUUGAUAAUUAA